GGAAAAUAUGGUGUAAAGCAGGGAAGUGUAAAGAACACACGUGAUAUGAUUGAAUUAAAAGGAAUUGCUAGCGGAGUUAUCGUAAAAAUAUAAAAAAACAAACGUAUUUCCGGGAACCAUAAACAUAUCCGGGUUCAUUGAAUGAUGGCAUUUUCCUCGACUGUGAUCAGUUUCCACAUUUUGGGGAUAUGUAGUAACUAACAUCCAUACAUCCAUAACAUUAGCACUUUACAAUCUAUUUAUUAAAUCUGAUCAAAGCUGCUAAGCUGCAUUAACUACUUUCCUUGCUUUUUUUCUAUGAAAAUGUUACUUUUUGUGUAGCAAUAAAUUCUCUUAUAAAUCGAAGUCUUUAGUUUAAAUUUGAAACCGCUAAUGCACAAUUCUGUAGCAAGCAUUAUCUAAGACAGACAAAUUACACGACAUUCAUUUGUUUAAAACAAUUAACCUUAAAAAAAAUCGGUAAAAAACAUCCAAAACUACCUACUAAACUUUAUCAGUAUACAGUUAACAAUUAACAUGGCGACUUGUACAGUCUUUCUGUUUUUAAUUGUGUUCAACUUGUACGCGUUCGGUUUCGAAGAGAAACCAUUAAAUUUCGUUCAAAUUGGAAAUAAAUAUGGAUAUAAAGUUGAAGAAAUUAUUGUCAUAACCGAAGAUGGGUAUAUAUUAAAACUAUUUCAUAUAAUAAGUGUAAAAAGUGUGAAAACACCGGUGCUAUUAAUGCAUGGGAUAACCGAUUCCGCCGAUACUUGGAUCAUCAGGGGAAAUAAUUCCCUGUCUCUAACCCUGGCUGCUAACGGCUACGACGUUUGGGUUGGGAACUGCAGGGGAAAUAAAUACGGCAGAAAACAUAUCUACCUAGAUCCGGACUCUGAUGAUUUCUGGGAUUUCUCUUUCCAUGAAUUUGGAUACUACGAUUUAUCAGCAAUAAUAGAUACGGUUUUAUAUUUAACUGGGAGUAAAAAAAUAAAUUUAUUGGGACAUUCACAAGGUAAUGCUAUAUGUUAUGUUCUGACAUCAACGAGACCUGAAUAUAAUAAUAAAAUUAAUAUUUUAAUAGCUUUAGCACCGAUAUGUUUCUUACAAAACCUUCAACCACCGGUAAGUAAGAUAAUUGAAGUGUCUCCCAAACUUGAUAGGAUCGCUAAACUCCUUAACUUGCAAGAAGUGUUUGGUGAUAAUUCUCUAAUUGUUAAUAUUCUUCGUAAAUACUGUCGUAUACCGUUUAUUGGUUACAAAACAUGUAUUUUAGAUUUAUUAUUUUCGUUAUCAGGUGAUGACAUAGAUGAGUUUGAACCUAGUUUUGUUAGUACAUUUGUUGAUCAUUUCCCUGUAGGUACUUCAGAAAAAGAUCUUGUACAUUUCGCUCAAGUGAGUUUGAGAAGGAAAUUCGCUAACUACGAUUACGGAAUACAACGUAAUAUAGAAAUUUACAAUUUAACUGAACCAAUGGAAUAUAAUUUAAGUGCUGUUAAUAUAAAAGUUGCUUUAUUAGUUGGUGCAAAUGAUAAAUUGUCGACUAUAGAAGACGUGGCUUUACUGAGAGAGAGACUACCUAAUGUUGUCAAGUAUUUAGUAAUUCCCCGCAGAAAGAUGAACCAUUUUGAUUUCGUUAGCGGUCUACAUAUGGAAGAUUAUCUAUUUCCUUAUAUUUUUGACAUUUUGAAUACAGAUACAUAUACUGAAAAUUAAAAUAGUGUUUCAAUUUGCAUCAUUAUUCAUGAAGCAAUGUAAUUUAA